UUCCAUGCCUUGUUCACACGCACCCCAAAAGGCUUUAAAAGCCCUCCAAAACCCCACAACCCAAUCCUUCUUGAAUCUUAACCCAAUCAAACAUCUUUAUCCUUCUCUUUGAUCCCAUCCAUUCCAAGCUUGCUUUCCUCAGUUUCAUUGGCUUGGAUUUGGAUGGGAUUUGAUUCAGCUUUUCAUGGAACAAACUGCGAGUCAUGUAUGGGAUUUGAGUUCUGUUUCGGAUUUGGUUUUCGCUGAAACAAUGAAGUACUUUUGGGCUUCGAUUUCCUCAAGUCCUCUGUAUUCAAGCAUUGUCACUCUUUACUCUCUGAUCCUCCUUUACUUCCCGUACCAUUUUUUAAGCAUUGUUUUCUCGCCGGUGCUGAUCAUAACCGGAAUAAUCUUGAUCAGCCUUAUCCGACUCGGUGCAAGUCAGAGUUUUGAAGACGAUGAUCUCAAAGAAAAGGAAAAAGAUUCCAUACUCGAAACAGAGCACUCUGAAACCAAUGAUAGUCUUGAAGUCGUUCAUGAACAAAUUGCAAGUGUUGUACAAGAAGAAGAUCACAGCUUUGUCACGUAUCGAUUCGAAACAGACGAAAGCGAGAUGGGUUUCAAUCAGUACCCCUGUUUCGAUGAUUACUUUGUUGAGUGGAAUGUGAAGGCGCCAUUAGAGGUCAUCUAUGAAGAAUAUGAAGGUGAAGAAGAUGAGAAGGAUAAUCGUGAAGAACAUGAAAACCAAGUUUUGGGUCUUGGAAGGCAGCCUUCGUUGUCUCUAUAUUACCCGGAGUCGGAUUCGGAUACAUCAUCGGACGGCGACUUUUCGGUGACCGGAGCGUGGGACUCGCCGGAAAACAUGUGCUACAAGUGGGAAGAGGAUGACCGAGAAGGGUUGAUUGAGAUUGCUUUGGAUGGCAAUAAGAGUUCAGGCUUAGAAUUUCAAGUUGACGAAGAGAAUUUGAUAGAGAUUGAUAUAUCUCCGACGAGAAGCAAUGACUUUGGCGGUGAGAAGUGGAUGUUUUCCGGUGAGAUUAGAUUCAGCUAAUGUGGGAUUAAUUAAUGGUUUAAUUAAUUAUGUUUUUUUUGAGAUGGUGAAGAAUAGAGCGUUUUGGGAUUUUGAAUGUUUGUGUAAUUGAUUACCGUUGUAUUAAACCCAUGUUCAAGUACACAUAUUAAGCACUAAUCCAAAACUUUAAAUGUUUGUUCGGAAUG